CCAAAAGUACACAUCCAAAACACAACAGCAGCUCGUAUAGGAGCAAUCCAACUACAUAGCGCUUCGCACUGGUUUGCUAAGAGCCCGACGCUUGGUCCUUAGAAUAUCAACAUUGCCCAGACCCCAGACAGCAAGUCUCCACGAGUUCUGCUCAAGUCGCGCGUAACCCUUUACGUUGCAUUGCGUAUAAUAGACCGCUAAAACCCUGAUGCUUUAUUACUGCAUUGCAUCCUUAAGGACCCUUAACAAGUUCAACUCUCAACGGACAAGCUCAAUGUUGCACAAUAAGACUGUUUCUCGUGUGAUCCAGAAAUCAAACAUUCACUUAUUGAGGGUACAUUGAAAGAGCUGACGUAGCAAUUCCAAAAUGGACUACGGGACAUGACCCUAGGUGUGCAAUUGUGUAGUACUAUCAAUGUAUCGAUUAGUCGUUCUGAAGCUCUGGCUUUUUGAAGCAGUCGCAGCAACAUCAGCCAGGCCGCAUAGUGUGCGGAAGGCAGUGCUUAGAAUUAGAAGAUCGUUAUUAAAGGUCUGACGGACUCGUCAGCCAAUAUUUAUUUUAAUGUGUGCAUCAUUCUGCCAACUGUAGCAUCAACCUGUAUAAUUGGCAAGGUGUGAUUAUUUAGAAGGAGGUCAUCGACCCGUGAGUUAUCCAGCAGUGUCGCUUGCCUUUUUAGGUGAGACGUGUCCUACUAAGGCCAUGUCAAUCACAAGCGUUGUACGUCGGACGGCGCGUUUACUUAAGGAGGUAGCUAAAGAUGACGAGCCUCCAUGCGAUGAAGACGUCCGGACGUUUGCAGACCAUAUUGGCAUACGUUUGCCCGCUGAAGAGGAUCUUCUUUGGAUCGCCCGAUGCGCUCUUACGGCAGCCGUACCACCUCCGUGGCUGCCUGUGGAAGACACGACUGCUGAUCCGGCUCGAGUAUACUACUACAAUACGGUAACUGCGGAAUCAUGCUGGGAGCACCCGUUGGAUGCUUACUACAAGAUGUUCGUAAAACAGGAGAGAUUCAAAAUGGUGACGAAAGCUACAAGUCAGCGUCAGCAAAGGAAUUCUGAGGACAGCGGUACUUCUCUGAUGUCGUCUUUGGACGACGUCCCUCCACUUUCUGCGGCGAUGUCCGCUAAGGAAUCUGAUAGCGUCUUCCAUAUGUCCCUACGACGACGCACAGCUUCACAACGAAGCCGAAGUCGCUCAUGUCCUUCAGGUCUAAACCGUAAAUCGCCAGGUGGACUUGGCGGACAUAGUCCGGUCUGUGAAACUAAUCAAGAUGACGGCUCCAAACGAACGGGUGCUACUAGCGAAAUCGCUUCGGAGAAUCAGACGUCAACAGUCAAAAUCAGGGAGGAAGCCUGUGUCAUCAAGGAGUUAACCUUGCAGAAGAAGCACUUGAUGGCCGAGCUGAACAAGCUUAAAAAUGAGGUCCGUAAAUACCAGUUUAUACGCGAGCGGAUUAAGUUUUCACCGCAAAGCGAACUACCACUGGGAACAAAGGGCCUCAGUUCGCUCGGCUUUUCUACGCCGUUGCGGGCGCAUAGUGCCUCUCAGACAGAUGUCUCCAUGGGAGGCAUGGCCGUUCCUACCCAACCAUCGCCACCGAAGGCACAGCCACGUGCCAACAUCGGCAAUAGAAAAACUUUCCUCUCAUCAGCCACUACCACCUGUAGUUCUCCACUUUUGGCUUAUUCGACUUUGCCUACGACAAAGCAGGAACAUGAAGCCAGAGUAUCUCACGACGAUCUACUUCGAAUCAGCGAGAGAGUCGACCAACUUAGACAACGACAUCAUGAAAUCGCUUUGAAAGCGGUUCAAGAACUUAUUGAGGAUCCACCAAUCGCUGCCGAGUUGCUUCAAAGUAGUCACAAUAUGCCGCCUCUGCCAAGCUACCCAAUUCAGACAAGCAACCCACUGCCCGAGCCCCCGCGAGACUUUCGGUCGUCAGCGAAUCAUCACGGGGCACCGCCACCACUCGUUCCACCCCAUAUGUCAAACGUGUCCAAUGUUCAUCCCGUAGGCCCCAUUGGGUCGCUACCCGCCUCUUUAAGUGAAGGUCCAUCGAGAGUCGUGGCUCCGUCUGGAGCUGGCCCUCAACAAAUGACUUCACAGGAAGAGUGGGUUCGGCGCCUAGUUAAACUUCGCUGUGGAAUCAAUGAAUGUAAGCUUAAGCAGCUUGCAAUUAAGUAAUAAAUAUCAGCAAUGCUCGGCUUGACGACGUCGAAUUUCACGAGUAGCCACAUCGUUUAUGAUGUAUGACGUCUAUGACGUACCGAAUCGACCUUAUAGAUCGCGUGAAAUCUUUCGUAUCACAUCUGCGAACAAUGGCGCGUCAGAAACUCACUGGAAUCGAAAAACUGACGAGAUAUUUGAAAGAUUUGAAGCGAGGGUGAAGGCGAAGGAUCAAUGCCAUUGAAGGUUUACUAGUGGCCCGUAAUGUAUUAUUAGGCUGUCUGUCAGUUGAAUCUUAAUGAAUGAAUAUUGCAGUACAUAGAAGAUAUAUACCGCUCCAUUUUCCCUUGUGCGUAGAAGACGUCGAAGGCGAGAGAAGUGAAAAUCAGGAUUGUGUCAAUAUCGAUCGAACAAAUUUUGCUAGUUGUUGAGCAUUGUUAGGUGUGAUUUGCCUGAAGAUGAAAGGGAACUUGUAUGUUCACGUGACGCUGAUGAUGAAAGCAGACAUCAUCGUUCUGAUUGCAAUAACUGUACAACACUAUUCAGAUUGACUUAAUAAUGUAAAAUUGCUUGAUUUACCACUUUACGAAGGAAUUUUUCCGUCCCUGCGUUUAGUUGGUGUUUUACCAUGGCCUAAAAUGGGUGCUGACCGCUCACAUAAGCGGACUAUCAGAAAGAUCCGUUUUUUUGUUGUUUCCCCGUGGGCAGGCACACGCGUUAAGAUCACUAAAGCCUAUUACAAGUGCAAGUUAACGCACUGGAUUUUCUAGCCGUUGGGUUAAACUGUGUACCCUAUGUAACCGUUGUGCUGAUCAGAAGGGCAAGUCGUGGUCUGUCGGACCCAGGUAACUCUUAAAUAGAUAUAAUACUUGUGUCACACGCGCCAACGUACGAACUACCAUACCGAACUAAUGUUAAAGGGCGAUUAACGUUUGCUUAAUAAAUGCAACAACAACAAGGACUAGGACACAGUGCAUGAAGCUAAUUCAGCUAAUCAACCAAAGAGGUUUAAGCGUGGUAAAAAGUGCGAGUCCGCGAAACUUGUUCAAUCGGGAAUAGGCCAACAUUGCAAAAACAAUCUAUACGGGGAAAGAUAUAUGCUGCUUUGCAAUAUGCAUAUAUAUAUAUAUAUAUAUAUAUAGAUUAUAUACGUUCAUAAUUCUGAAAAGCUUAAUAGUGAGACAUAUAUAAAUACCGCUAUCUGCAUAUACUUAGGCAAAUAUUCGGGUAAAUUGAUAUGCAAGUAAACGUAACUAAAGAAGUACCGUUUAUCGAUAUGAAGUGGCUACUAAGAGAGCUAUUAUUUCUCUUGAUUUAGCAAAAAAAUAACAAAUCGUUUGCCUGUGGACCCGCUAAAGACGCAAUGUGGACUUCCAUUUCAAUGAAUCACUCAUGUAUCAAUAAUAGGAACAGAGUCAUACAAAUGAAGAGCAAUCACUGUUUCCCUCAAGAUUCUUACUAGAAAACUCACACUUGUUAUUAUGAACGCCGUUAAAUAUAUUAAAGUCUAUUGUAAACAUUACAUAUUCUCAUUGAGCUAACAACUGAUACGACGCAGCUCUACAACUCGUACCUCCGAUAAAUUUAAUGUACAGGGCGGACCUUUAUUUUUGUUUUUGUUUUCGUUAUUAUCUAAUGGCUAGCGCUUAGCCAAACGAAGAAGCAAUAAUACAUUAACGACUUAAUGUCGCCUUUCCAUUGAAUUUUCAACAAAUAGGUAAGUUCCAUUGCAUAAUUUCAUGCACUUCUGUAGUCUUGCGCAGGUGCACAAGAUAGAAUGUUCAAAUGGUUAUCAAUUAUUUUUAAGAUCAGGUCAUGAUAAAUAAGACAAUUCCCUGGACAACUUAACCUUCCUAGUAACUAAAGAAAACACUGACAAGUUACAAGGCGAUCUUAAUAAGUUGCUCAACGACAUCGGAGACGACUAUCAUACAUGUGGCACAUAUACAUAUAUAAAGCUUCCACAGAACGUACGAUUUUUUCAUAUAUCUAGAAGAUAGGUUCUAAUAUUUCCUCUAAAAUUGGUUCGAAAUUGGUGUAGCUAAAGAGGGGUGUAGUAAUUUAAAUAUUUCUCUAAAGAACUUGGUCUGCUAAUUUAGUGGGAGGGGCAACGUAAGAUCUCGUCAAUAUUUGGAUCAUUCUCCGCGCAGAAGUUCUGGAACCAAAAAGAAGCGCAGAAAGUUUACCUCAAUUACCUUUCUAACUUGGUGUUAAUUGCCCUAACUACAUUGUAGCAUUCAUAUCAUCAACGAAAUUUUCCCAUAACGUGUGUGUAUGUUCUUAAUAGUGACAUUCAUUAGCGAUGUUUUCGUCAGUUUCACUCGUUCCCAAUACGUUUUACCGCUACUGAAUUUCAAGGUUAUCCCUUAAAGUUACUAACUAAGCUAACUGCUGGUCUACUCAGAUAAUCAUAGAAUUUUUACGAGGUUUCCUUUGUUUUUCAUGGUUUGUUUGAGGUUGUAUAAUGGGAUAUUCCGGUGGAAGUUGCGACUAGUGAGGUGCAAAUGGAGCGACUGUAGGAGCAUUUUACGGUUAACGUUAUUGACCCGGUUGUAUCACUUUAUUAUCGCAGGAACCAGCGCUUGGCAUAGGUACUUGAAGAAAUGGCGCCAAUGCUAGAGUCUUAUCUGUACACUGAUGUAUGCAUAGCUACGUGUGGGCGGGUGGCUGGGUGUAUUAGACUGGGCAUGUGCGAUCUUAUUUUAUUUACUGCACUCCUCGAAAGUACAGAUAAUAAUUAUCCAAGCGCACUACUCGAAUCAAUUGUUACAUAUAUGUAAAUGAUCAAUGGUGUAGAAGCAAUUUCCUUUAUUAUUAUUAUUAUAAUUUUGUAUCCAUCUAAGCUCUUUAUAUGUGUCCUGUUCGAUACUUACUUAAGCUACUACUGUUUUCAGGAUUGCAAGGAUAUACCGACUGCCAAACUUAACGGUCUCUAAUUGUCACUGUCCUUCGAAAUGCAUUAAUAAUUUAGAUUCAAAUAAACAUUGAGUAAAGGUACUUUGACAUUUUUUUUCCAAUUUCCACGGCCCUUUUGCUGGAAACAUUGAGGAUGUUUUUUUUUGCUGGAUACAAGAUUACGAUGAUAUUUUCACUAGCAGUCUCUCACGAGUUUCUUCUACUGUAUUAAUAUGUUCUCUUUCUACAUUUUCGAAGAUAUCACUGGACUACUUCUCCCACACUAAGACCCAGUUGAAACGGUCGACUCCACCAAUCUGAGGGGCAUUGAUGCCUUCAUGCCUUUUGACGAAAAAGUUUACAAAGAUCCUAAUAAAUUGACAAUUAUGAGAGAAUAAUUUAAAUAACAAUGUUAUUAAACGCCUGGAUACCGUAUUUGUAGAUUAUAUUGUCCGUGGACGCAUCAAGGACUGUUCCCUCGUUUGACAUGGCUUUUUUUCUUUUUCUUUUAAACGGAUAGUAAAAUGCAUUUACUUAUAUCUAGGUGUGUCCUGAAUGAUGUAGCUUCCCUUUCCGACAAUCCCCACAAGGUCCACUAAACGCGAUAAGCUUCUGUCCUUUUACAGUCGACAAAUACAAACGGCUACCACGUUAAUGUUGUGAAUACCAUUCACCGGCAAUUUGACUACAGUGAAAUUGAAUAGUAAGUUUGUAGUUGGCAAUUAAAUUCUGAUUUGAUGCCAACCUGUAAACUUUCAACUUUGCUAACCCAUAAAUAUAAUAAAUGUCAUUUUCCCAUUGUAAAAAUAUAUAUAUAUAUAUAUAUAUUGAUAGAAAAUAAUGAGAGAUAACGGCUGAGCAGAAAUUUAAUCUUAAAAUGGUGGUCAUACAAUGUCUCUGAUGCAUUUCCGUAAAGCAUAUAUACUUAGAAGUAAUUAUGAGCAACAAUAAUGAUCCUAGAUUCGAUGAGAUAAUUCAAUGAGCCUACAAUAACGUAUCUGUUUACCAAAAACGAUUUUUUCAUUUAAAACUAUAUAGAGUAGGUCACGUACAAGUACUUGAUAUGGAGUGCUAAGUUAUAACGAAUUAAACAAUGAAAU